AUGGCAAGAAGAAGGCGGCGGCGGUUGAGUGUGGACCAAGUGAAGGCUUUGGAGAAGAAUUUUGAGGUGGAGAACAAGCUGGAGCCGGAGAGGAAGGUGAAGUUGGCCCAGAGACAGGUGGCGGUGUGGUUCCAGAACCGCCGCGCACGGUGGAAGACCAAACAGCUGGAGAGAGACUACGGCGUGCUCAAAGCCAACUAUGAAACUCUGCAGCUUGACAAGGAAUCACUCCUCAAACAAAUUUGCGACCUGAAAGCAAAACUAAACGGAGAAAUGAAGGAGGAGGGAAUGGAGUCGGAGGGCAAGGAUGCAAAGCCAAACUCCGAUGAAAUAGAGCUGAAGGCGAAUUUCAAAGACGGGUCAUCGGACAGCGAUUCCAGCGUGAUCCUGAACGAGGAAACCAGCAGCUACCACUCCUCGGAGGCGUUCUUGAUAUCCCACGAACCCUUCCCGGACUGCUUCAAAUUGUCGGAGCAUUUUAUGCUGGCGACGGCCGUUUUCGCCGACGCCGCCGUCCAUAAGCUGGCGUAUCCGCCCCUACAGCUCGUGAAAAUUGAGGAACAGUUAAGCAGCGAGGAAUCAUGCAGUACUCUGUUCUCCGACGAACAAGCUCCUACCCUCCCUGAGCCUGAUCCUGAGAGCUGGAAUAACUGGAAAGAAGAUGAACAAUAAAAGAAACAAAACAAUGAAACGCCGUUUAGUUUCUUGAAACUCCGACGUGGCGCCGGCCGGGUGGAAUUUUUGUAUAGUAAUGUUAAGACUUAAGAUUAGUCUCUGUAUUGUAGAAAACGAAGAUGUUUCGCAUCUUGGCAUAAGAUUCAAGAAAUCUGAAGAGCUGAAAAAUAAAAAUU